UGAGAAGUUUUUGACUAAUUACUUGGCAUGGUGCUGUUGUUUAACAGUUUAAGCAUAAUAAUUGAGCAGUAAAGCAGUAUCAUGUGUGUGCUGCUGCAGGAUAAUGCAGUGCAUGUUACGAGUUCCAAGUCUAUAGAGUUUUCGUAGGAUGCAAAAGACUCUCACCCUCUCCUUUCUUAUUCUCCUUCAUUGGCUUUUAAUUAUCCCUCCUUCCGAAUGCUCAGGAAAAAAAAAAAAAAAGGCAAGAGUUGACACAAAAACAGUUACUGUUUUUAUGAUUAUAGCAGGGAUUAAUGAGAUUCUAUUUUGCAAGCCCCAAUUUCACUGUCUCUCUCUAGCUAAAGGGGUUUAGAGUCUGCAUGCUGGGCUUGCCUCUUUGUUAGUGUUAGAACAAAAUAUGUCCUAAAGAUAUGUUGAUAAUUCCUUUUUUAAAACUUAAUGUUUCGUUUCAACAUCAUUAAUCCUCUGCUCUUGCAAGCUAAAAUAUUUUCAAUUUGAUAAGCUGACCAUCAUAAUUCAUCGUGCAGGAUGCUUGAUAAGCCAAAGUGAAUUGUUCAAUUUAGUUGCCAUGGGGAGAGGUAUCAAGAUGGUAAAGUUGCCAUCAAAGCCUUCAUUUUUCUCAAAUUAGCCCUUAUAGAGUCCAACGGGGUCGCUUAACUCCUGGUGUUAUAAAGUACUACAGUACGACAAAGAGGACACAAAUACUGUAAAUUCAUGGUUAGACACUUUGAUAGACAUGCCAGAUGGUUGCAAGUUGCAACUUCCAUGUAAAGCGCGUCCUACAUAUGUCAUUGCUUUCUCCAUAAGACCCUCAUGAUCAAAUGCCAAUCUUGGAUGCAGAACCUGCAUUCCUUGCUUCUUCUGGCAGAAAGAUAUGAUUCCUAAAUUGAACUUGUCGUUUUCUGCAGUGUCGUUCUUUUGAGUGUAUUUCCUGUUUUUAAUUUUUUCCGAGUUCAGGAGGUUUUAAGAAUAGGAUGGAUACACUUAAUAAAUUUUGGCGCUGCAUUGUAGAACUAUAUUUGUUUGUCAUAGUUUGAAAAAUUCACUCUAGUUAUUGAACAUUACAUUCAUAACACUUGCCCUUUUACUUCCAAACAGUUUACAUACUGAACGCAGGUAGCUGCAACGACUAUUAAGCAUCGGCAUAUAAACAACUUCAGCUGUGGGUGAAUAUCAUAUGGCACAUUCUGGAUACCAGCAAAACUUCGUAAGGUAAGUAUUAACUCACAAUUAAGAUUUUUUAUGUUGUGAAUCUCUAGCUACAGUUUGCAGUGAAACUGCCAUAAAUUUUGAGUUUGUGCAGUUCUCCCUACCAAAAACAUAUUUAUCCACUUUCGAGUAAAAAAAAUGUGAACAUAAAUUUGAAGCAAUUAAUUAUUUGACUCUGUUUGUAAAAUGGCUGCAUAGUUUUUUUUCCGACGAGGAAAAUACACAUGAAAAGUCUGGUAAGGGAAAGCAAAUCACGUUUAAUGACUUUCUAUCUCCUACUGUUAAUUCUGUAAAUUGAUGAUCUCAUCGUGCAAACUAUUUAUUUUUUUUGUAAUGCAAUGAUCUUAACCACCUAAUUGCAUGAAAUAUCUAUUUCUCAUUUUACAAGAAGGAAAAUAGAAGAGCAGGUAAGAAAAGCAAGUCAUGAAUGACUAGAUUUUUGCUGUGGAUUCUUGCAAUUAAUAUGCUGAGAUUGUAGAGUAUUCGUUUAUAUAUAUAUAGCGGGAGAGAGAGAGAGAGAGACAAAACAAAUGAAUCUUUACUAGGAAAAGCUUAGUAGUCUCUCCGCCAAUCAAAAAUAUUUUCCUUCCUCCACUGAUGCAGUAGGGAUAAUAGCAAAUUUUUGUGGAUUCCUCCUGAAGAUUUACUAACUCCCAAUAAGACAACUUUUUCGACUAUCCAACCUCCUAUAAGUACCCCUUUCCUACCACCAAAUUCCCUGACAACAUAAUCUUUGAUAUCAAACAAUCUUGCUUGUCGUCCUUGCCCUUGAAAAGAUGAAAGGCCCAUCUUCCUCGAGGCCUCCUCGCCCAUCCUCCCCUCCGUCCGCUGGCUCCAUGGCCUCUAUGAUAAGGCGUAGGAGGACUGGUAGGAGAGUGUCUCAGACCAGGGCUGAUAGGGUGACCACCCAUCCUUAUUUGUGCACCACUUGCGGUCAAACAUUCCGCAACGGCCGUGCCUUAGGCGGCCACCAGAAUGCUCACCGCCUAGAGAGGAGUUCUUCUGCACCGCAUGCACGCCGUCAAGCCUCACCUGUUAAUGCCCAGUCCAAUUGGGUACAUAGGGCAAUGUUAGCGCAACUUCAGUUUCACCGUAGCCGCCUUUUAGGAAGCACCGGCAACUUUGCUCCAACACAAGAUAUGCAAGCCCUGCCAAGCUUGAUGCAAGGGGCUAUAGCAGCCCAGACGCCAUAUGAUCGAAGUCACAAUAGCCACUUUAAUCUGCCCCAAGAUGUGCAUUCCCCUCCUAACUUGACCGAAACACCGACACCAACUCCACAACCAUAUUGCCAGAAUCACCUCGAAUCCCAUCCUAGCCUGAUCGAGAGACCUACUUUGGCACAACCAUCACAUAACCCCAAUAACCCUAUGUCGCCAAGUCAUUUUGCACCUAGGGUUAACUUAACAAUGGAUACAAAAGGAAAGGGCAUUGUAUAUGAGAGGCCACAUCACCAACUUCGUUCAGGUCUUGCAGGCAACUCAUCGCCUACUUUUCCUUUCAAUGGUCCACGCCAUGAGGAAGAGAUGGCUGGGGAGUUUCACCCUGGUGUUAAUUUACCCCUUCCCUUGAGUUGUCUGAACCGUGGUGUUGUAAGUUUAACAACUGCAGGAAAUGCUGCUAUCGCGAACCCUGUGCAAAGUUAUAUGCUGGGUGCUACAGUUAAGGACUUGUUGCCUCUUCAAUGUGUAUCGAUUGCUGCUGGAUCAGACCUGCCGCCUCUGCUUGGACGAAACGAUGGUGAUGGAGUUACUCUGAACCUUCUGGACGCUCUGGGUUCUCAUCCGAUGGCUUCUUCAGCUACUCCUCCUAGCUUGGACUUGAAUUUGCACCUUUAGCUGGUUCAGCUCAUACCAAGCUGCUUGCAUAAGGCACCUCCUGUGGAAUCCCGCUCAAACAUAAAACUUAAAAGAGUGUUGUGUAAUGCAGGCUAUUAUUUCCUUUCAUAGUGUUGUCAAAGUUGCAUUUCUCGUGUUUGUUUUGCCUAGAUAGAAGCAUGUUAUUGUGAACUUUAUUGUGCUAUGAAGCUCUCUACUCAAUAAUAGGUUUUGGAAGAGCUAAGAAUCUUGUAUUUUUUUUUU